AUGUUAUCAUUACAAACUAUAUAUUCAACAAUUAACAAGGAUGAUAAUUGCGUGAUGCUCACUUCGUCAACUACAAAAGAUUGUAAUUUUUGGCAACCACAAUCACCAAUGUUGAAUAAAUUGUUAAGAUCAAUAUUCUCUUAUAAACAUUUCAAGUUGACAUUACGUACAUUUUUUAUUAUUUGUAAAUGUAUUCCAUCAUUAUACUCUAAUGAAAAUAACCAACCAAUAUUUACAAAUUUAUCAUGGCCAGAAUUAAAAGAAUUAUUUCAUGAUUUAUUUGAUUGUUCAUCGGCAACAGCAUCAUUAUUGUUAUCAUCGGAAAGCGAUGAGCAACGACGACAGCAACAAUUACAACAGUUUCUACAUAGACUUUAUCAAUUUCCACAAAGUUCAAUUUCGUCAUUUUCAUUAACAUCAUCAUCCUCAAAAACUAUGCCAAUCGAUUUAACAUUAUUUUUCCCUUAUCUCUUAAUUGGGAUGUUUAUAGAAUUGACUAAUUCUAUUCCUUAUUCAUAUUCAUUAAAUAAUAUCAUUGUUAUUAUUAUUAAUAUGUUAUUAGAUUCAAUAGAUUGUUUUAAUCAGUUAUCAGUUAUUCUCUUACUUGAUUUAUUGAUUCAAUUGGAAUAUUGGGAUAGAUUGAAAUGUUUCUUACCGAAUGAACAAUUGAAUCCUUCUGGUGUAGAUAAUUACAAAUUAAAAUCGAGAAUGAUUAAUACAUCAGUUUAUGAGAAUUUCCAGUUUAAAUUUAAAGAAAUUCAAGAACUUCAUACACAGAGUAAAUCUACUGAAUCAUUGCACAACAUAGUUGCUACAUCUUUAGAAACAGCCUAUUCAUGGGCAUGGUCUCAAACAUCAUUUAUUAUAACUUCAGUAAAAUCAAAUUUAGUCAGUUCGUCAUCAUCCUAUCGAAAAGAUAAUACAGUUGAUGUUAAUUGUUAUUCAGAACAGAAUAAAUUUAAAAAUAUUCUACAAUAUGAAUGUAUAUUUAAUAAAAUAAAUUUUCAGAUAAUUCAAACAUAUUUAAAGCAUUCAACUAAUAAUUGUCAAUUAACUCCACCUUAUUGGUUACUUGCAUGGUUACAAUCUAUAGUUCACAAUGAUGAGACAAUGAAAUCUGAUACUAUUGAAAAUGAAGCAAAUUAUCAAUAUUUAAAUUAUUGGAAAUAUAUAACUCCAUUUAUUUCUCUUUAUCAAGAUGAAUUGAUCUCUGCUGGUAAUCAACUAUUAACUAAUAAUUUUGAAUCAUCUAGAAAAGAAAUGACUACUAGUUGUCUAUCAACUCCAGUUAAACAGAUUUUACAAAAAAUUCUUUUUGAAAGUGGUCUUGUCCAAUUAAUCUCAUCCAAUCUGGAGUUUCAUAAAAAUAAUAAUGAUAACAAUCCACAUAAAGAUGAGUUAUUCUCUAAUCAAAUUUCAGCAUUAACUGAUACAACUAUUGCAUGGAUAUUCAGUCAAUUCAGCCUUAUACAAGGUGCAUAUUUAAUACAUUUAUGUCCCGUGAAUCAUCCAAUAUGUCCACUAUUAAUUCAUAAUGUACUCUGCCAAUUAUUCAAUCUUAUUAGUCCGUCAUCUGUUGUUGAUGCUGACCAACACUUAACGACUAGACAUGACCAAACUAAUUCUAUUGGUUAUAAUUUGGGUAGUAUUAAGUCAAGGUGUAGUAAUAAUUCAUUUACACCUGGUUUCUUGCUGUUACGCUGUUUACCAGCCUCAUUAUUCAUACACACUGGACAUUCAUCCUAUCUACCAUUAUCGUCAUCUUCACCAUCUUCAUUAUCAUCAUCGCCCUCAUCAUCACUAAACAAACAAGAUUAUCAACAAUCAUUAUUUCAAUUGAUUAUACAGAAAAUUAGAUUGAUUUCAUCAGUAAAUAGUCACUGUCAUUCAAAUAAACCUUCAUUUACACAUGAUUUCAACUGUCUUAUUGAUUUUUUAUGCCAGUCCGAUGUAUUAUUAUCACGUAGUCCAUUUCUAAAUGUAAAUGAUAUUAAAUCCAAUUCGAAGCUCUCACAUUUAUUGGAUCCAGGCUAUCAACGGUCUGUGAUUGAUAUACUAUUGUGUUAUUUCGAUUGGACGUCAUUAACUUCAUUUAUGCAAACAAGUCAGUCAUUAUGGAAUACAUAUCAGUAUAUGCAUGAAUCGAAUAUGAAAGUUUCUAGUGAGAAUGAUAAUGUAAACGUGUUAUCAACGGUAUCACCGGAAUCAAGUGUUUUACGCUUACAAAACAGUGAAUCUCAUGAACGUCGUAUUGAAUUAUCAUGUUCAUCAUCAUUCGAAGUUUUAUUUUCAUCAUCGUCUUUAAUGACCCUACCGUCAUCAAUCGAUCAAUUCCCAAAAUAUAUGAAAGAUACAGUAGAUUCAUUACGUCAACAUGCUAAACAAAUGUGUAAUCGUAUUGAAUGUAUUGAAAAGUUACAAAAUGAAUUUUGUACAAAUAUUCUCCCAAAAUUAUAUAUUCCAGUACGUAUCAAUUUACUGCAAUAUGUUGAAUGCCAAUCAAUCCUACCUUCUUGGAUGCCUGGUCAUCAAUCGUGCUCCGGUGGUACUAAUAUUUCAUGUGAAUAUCAAACAGAUGAACGAAAUAAAGAGAUUGAUGAGUUAUAUCAAAUGAACAGAUCUGAUAUUGAUAGAUUAAUUAAUUUGGCACUAGAUGUAUCACGAACUGCAGCCUGUGAUGUUCUAAACUACAAUGAUUCUUCGUCACUAUCAACGUCCAUCUCACCAGAAGGUGGUAAACAUUCAAAUCUUGGAGUAAAUUGGGCACGUACUGUACUUCAAUUGGAGAAUGCAGUCAGUUACUUGGUACAUAAAUCACGUUUAAUUACCUCUGAAUCAAAAAAUCUCAAUACAAACGCUACACGUGUUUCAUCCGAAUCAUCUUCAUUAUAUCCUUCUUGCGGUCCUACGACUACCACUGCUACUUCUAUCAAUGAUCAGUUAAAUGUAGUACAGAAUAUUGGUUUGCAAUGUUUUCAACAACUUUGUCAAAAUCUUUCUGGUCCUUUACUUCAGUGUCCAUUAACUAAGCAAGUACUUUCGAAGUGUGUUGGCGAACUUGCAAGUGAAUUUUUAACAAAUUUAUCAACUCAGCAUCAAUUAUUGUUGGAUAUGUUAGUUGCAUUGCCACAUUUAUCAAAUUUAUUAUCAUCAACAUUUAUACCACCAAAUCCAUCGUCAUUAUCAUCAUUAUAUAUAAAUAAUCAAAGUCAACAGCAUCCAUUACUGCCUAUUUAUCAACGUUUAAUGGAUAUAAGAUUUCGAUGUAAUGCACAAACUGCUUUAUGUAUUUUGGAAAAAAUUAAUUUCAAAGCAUGGUUUUCAAUUGAAAUUAAACAUUUUAGUCAAAAACAAUGGAAUCAGUUAAUACUUGCUUUAUUCACUUGUAUUGAAGAGACAACAAAUGUUUAUCCAUCAGACAUAAAUUCUACUUGUUCAGAAGAAAAUGAUGACUUGCAUAAGCUUUGUAUUGUACAUUUGAAAGCAUUGUUAACAAACCACUUUCCGGAUAUGUUUGAUCUAGCAUUCAGAUUACUGUUACAAAACCUUAGUAACCCUAAAUAUCUCGACAUAUGGGUAUUGUUUCAAGAUUUACUGAUCGCUGAUAUAAGCACUAAUUCUGGCUCUACAAGUCUGUCCAUUGAACAAUUGACUCAAUUACUCAAUCAUGUACACAGGCGAUUGACCUCGACUGUUAAUUCUUCACCAGUGACAUCUUUAUCACCAUUACGUGAUACACAAAACGUUUUAAUCGAUGAAUGUUGUUCAAUGUUACAAAAUAACUCGUCUCAAACUAUACAAAUGAUUAUUCAUUUUCUAAUGAUACUAGCUUGUCAAUUGUGUGAAAAAAUCGGAUGUUGCAUAUUACAUAAUCAUUUAUCUAUACAAAAUGGUCAAUCAAUCAUUAUAGACAUGUUAAUACAAGUUUUUGGUUGUAUUCUACAAAAAUGUAUAACAUUGUAUUACAAUGGCAAAGUGAAUAAUCCCACUGAAUCAAGUACAACUUCAUCGUCAUCUACAACAAUACAAACGUCAUAUCAAUUAUCAUCAUCAUCAUCAUCUUUUAUUGUGUAUGCAAAAUGUUGUUUGAAAGGAUUCUCUGAAUGUCUUAAUUCUGCUAUUAAAGUUUGCCCAGCUGAUGAUAAUCCAAUUUGGUCAAAUCAAUUAAUCAAUUUAUUUGUAAUAUGGUUUACUUCAACAACAUGCAUAUUAAGUAAUUUCGGCGAUAAGUUAAAGAUGGUACCAGUUACUUCCACAUCGUCUACUACUACCAAUUUAUGUAAACAAGAUAUACGUAAAAUUUCAUUACCUCUUCUAAUUUAUUUGUCCAUCAAUCAGAAAGAACAGGAUGAUGACAGUGGUGAUUUUAUUCAAAAUAAUGAUGAGAAGGAAUUAAUGCUAUCUAAAUGGUGUUUGUCAUUGAAUUCAUAUAUAUGGAAGCCAAAUUUAGACUGUUUAGAUUCAAUGAUCAUGCUACUUUUGAACUGUGAUAAUUUUGUCAAUCGUCAAUCAAUUAAAGAAUUGGCAUCAAAUUUUCUGGUCUACCUACUUUCUAAUGUUCAGUGGUGGUUCGAUCAGAAUAGCUCAAGUAGUAAUCAAUCAAUUAAUGUACCAGCACAACGUCCCUGGCUCAUUAGCCAAUCGACUACAUUACAUUUGGAAAAUUCAAUGAUUAAAAUGGACGAAGCAUAUGUUAAUUCAUUAACAUUUUUAAUUGUAUUAAUUGCUCCUAACUUACAGACAAAUGAUAUUAACAAAGAUAUAAAAACUCAACUGAAAAUUAUCAUGGAAAAUAUUCAAAGUUCAUUAGAUUUAUCCAUAGUUAGUGAGUCGUGUUAUGUAUUUAUUCUAUCGUACUUAACUGAACAACAUAUACCAGCUUACUAUGUACUUAUGCCGCCGACAACUAUGGAAGGACGUUUAUUUGGUUUGUUAGCGGCAGCUGGAGGUAUGAUUUCCAAAUCUUCAGAUCUAUUCACUUUCACACAAAAUUCUUCAUUUACAAUCAAAUCAUCAACAACUGGACUUUAUCCAAAUAUUCAUAAUUUAUCAUCAAAUGAUUAUAAAUCAUCCAAUGUGAAUAUUUCAUUACAUUCGAAACGUUCAGCUUAUUUACGUAAAAUCACCAGUCUUUUAGGAUAUUCUAUAUUAUGUGAUAAUCCUUUACCAUCGAAUGAAUUAGACGAUUUACUUAUGUUAGAUAAUUUUUUGAGUUCAUUCAUCAAAACUCAUAUGCUAUCAUCAUCAUCAUCAUCAUCAUCAUCAUCAUCAUCAUUACCUUUAUCAUCAACAUCAAGAACUGAUUCAUCAAUAUUCUCAGUUGUUUGGAAUAGAAUGUCAUCAAUGAUGCUUAAUUUAACUAAUAAUUUAAAUCUUAGUAUCAGUUCAUCGGUAACAACAAUUUUAUCAUCACCAACUUCUACAGAUAAUGAUUCAUUAACAAAAUCCCAACUACAUUCUUCACAAACUGUUAAAAUCUUAACCUGGUUACGUAUAUGUAAUUUGUUAUCUGAAUUAGAAUCUGUAUCAGGUCAAAUUGGAUGGCAAAAAUCCACUUCACAAGAAUUUAAACAAAUUGUUGAAUUAUGCAAUGAAAUUAUUUUAUUAAUAAAUCGUUCAUGUUCACGUGUAGAAUUUUUAUCUAAAUUGGAAAAUUCCAAACUUCAUCAUCCUCAUCAUGAUUAUCCUUUAAACCAUAAUAAUAAUAAUAAACAAGAUCAUAAUCUUAUCUAUAAAAUACCAGAUUAUUUUAUUCAUGCAAUUAUUUAUUGGUUAUUAAAUAAUUUAAUCAAUGAUAAUAAUAAUAAUAAUAAUAUGAUUCUAUCAAUGGAUAGUAAUAUAAAUAUUAUUACUACUAUUAUGCCACAUUCAAUAAAUGCAUGUUUAUCAAAACCAUUAAUUUAUAGUUUAUUAUCAAUGAAUUCAUUAUUAGAUCAAGAAACAUCUAGUCGAUUUGUACAAUUAUUAAAUGCAACAAUUUGGUCUGUUAUUGAUAAUGCUCCUAAUGAAAUUUCGCCAAAAGAUCGUUUCUUUGGUAUAUGUGAAAUUUAUUCACAUAUAUAUUUCUUACAAAAUAAAUUAGAUUUCCUACAUUCUGAUUUAUUUAUAUCUAUGUGUAUACAGAAUAGUUUACAUUUACCAUUACUAUUUAUCAUAUUAUGUCGAUUAAAUUACUUAUAUCGGUCAAUGAAUAAUAGUACAUUGUCAAUCAUUCAUGAAGAACAUAAUAUGAUUAUUGCUGAUAGUAUGCAUUGGUUACAUUCUAUAGGAAUUUACUAUAUGAGUGGAAUUGAUGAUCGAUCAAUUCAACUUAACGGAUGGAUAUUAUUCUUAAAUUUUAUUAUUCAAUUAAUAUCUACAUCAAAAAUAAAUUUCUUCAAUAAUGAAUCAUGUUGUUUCAACCAUCCAGCAUGGUGUUCACAACGUUCUAAUCAUCAUGAUAUUCCUAAUAAUGAUGAUAUUUGUUCAUCUGAUUUUCUUUGUAAACGUUUAUCUGGAAUUUUAAAUGAACUUAAAAAUACUUUAAUGGUAAGAUUGAAAAAGAAGAAAAUAAAUUUAACUGAGGAAAAAAUUGUACAACUUAAAAAACUAUGCACUUUUAUAGAAUGCCUAUGUUGUAUUCUUGAAGCAUGGAUGAUUAGUACUCAUUCAGUUGGAUUGUUGAAUUUAGAGAGAUUAAGUUGUUUAACACCAUCAAAUGAAUCUUCUGACGGUGCCAGAACUGAGGACAUUACAAAUAUGGAAGAGGGUAGUUCAAAAGAAUUGAAACAAUAUACCUUUGCUACUCAAGAUAAAUCAGUUGAUAAUGCAAAUCCUACAGCUUCUAUAAUUUCUUCUCUUCUUAUACGAUUGAAAUCUAUUACAUUAAUUGAAGCUUAUCAAUAUUUGUGCCUUCAAUUUUGGACUGAUCUUAAACCAUAUGUUAAACAAAUUUUACAAAAUUCUUCAUUUACAUCACAAUUAUCGUCGUUACGAAUAUAA